AUGUUUGUUAAGCCGGGGGUGCUCUGGACUCCCGACUGCACCAUUCUAGCCAUUAUCUACGCUCCGUUACUGCUAGGGCAGCUUCCACCAUACUCGAUCUUAUGGGGUCUUUGUCUACCAAUGCGGCCUUUUGCAUAUAAAGAGUCACCCAAGGGACGUUAUUUCCGUGAACUCAAAGUAUGCUUAGUUACGAAGGGAACAAAUGUUCAGACCGUAAUAAGCUCUAUCAGACCAUGGCAAAAUUGCAGAAAAUAUCAGAACAUCACUUUUCACGUGGCGUUAGAUUCCACCAAUGAUAAUUUCCAGGCAGCACUUCCUGAUUUUGUCAAUGUGGUGAGUGUACCAGCCUCGUUUCAACCGGCCCAUGCGAAAUAUAAAGCACGGGCAUUGGAAUGGUGUCGCCUGCAUUGGAAACUAUCCAAGCUUGAUUGGGUACUUCAUCUGGACGAAGAAACUGAGAUCGACGAGUAUCUGGUACAAGCAUGCCUUGACUUUAUUGAGCGAGGAACAGAGGACGUUGGAAUGGUAUAUGUUCCGCUUGAAUUAUUAUCUUACACAACACUAAAACAUGUACAGGGAACAAUCUACUACACAUCGCAUAAUUAUUGGAAAAAUCCAUUCUUGACCACUGCUGAGGUUUUCAGGGUGGCUGAGGACUUUGGCCGUUUCCAACUUCCAAUCCGACUUUUCAAACGUCCGCUACUUGGCUGGAUGCAUGGCUCCUUUAUAUUGAUCAAUGGUGCCGUAGAGAACAAGGUAACCUGGGAUACUGGGUGUCUUGCUGAAGACUUUUGGUUUGCAUUCCACCCAGUUGCUAAUUUAAAAUAUCUGACCGAGCAGGCCGCCCGCCGGGGAGUCAAGUUUGGCUGGAUUCACGCAAUCGCACGAGAACAACCUCCCGUUAGCGUUUCAGACUUGAUUAGGCAACGUAGGAGGUGGUACACGGGGAUCAUGUCUAUGGAUAGCUGGCUGGUUAAAUUGGCUCUCGCAAUCCCUAUGAUGGGACCGUUAGCUUAUGGAAGUCUGUAA